AUGGAUUUAGAUGGAGUUGUCAAUGAUAAUAGUGAAGUAGAUAAUGAUAUAAUAUGUGAUCAUUCUAAUUUAUUUGUAGCUGAAAAUCAGAUUUAUAAUAAUAAAGAAACCCUUAAGGAGGUUAUGAGGCAUGUUGGACUUGUUGAGAAGUUCAGCUUUCGGGUUGCACGUUGUAAUGCAUCUAAGGCAUCUAGUUUGAAUAAAUCUAGUUUAUUCAAAGUUCGGAAGUAUAUUGCUCAGCAUACAUGUUGUGUUAGAGAAAGAAUUUAUGUCAGACGUCAAGGGAUAACUGACGUUGUAGCUGUCUUGAUAAUGGAUAAUUAUAUUGAUCCAUCUAAGGUAUAUACUCCAAAAGAUGUAGCUGAUGAUAUGUUGAAAUUGCAUGGUGUUUUGUUGACAUACAUACAGGCAUGGAGAGCUAAAGAAAAAGCAGUAAAGUCAAUUGUAGUUGUUGAUGGUGUUGCAUUAAAAUGUUCAUAUGGUGGUACAAUGUUAACUGCAAGCACAUUGGAUCCGGGAGGUCAUAUACUUCCGUUGGCGUAUGCGAUAGUAGAUUCUGAAAAUGAUGCUUCAUGGACAUGGUUCUUUGAGCAAUUUAGAGAAGCAUAUGAGUUAGACAAAAUAUGUGUUUUAUGUCAGACAGAAAUGAAAGCAUAUGGAAAGGACAACAAAUUCAAUGUUUUGAAGAAUUUCAAUAGAAAUACUGAAGAUUUGAAGAUGUUGUUCUUUUCAUUGGCAAAAGCUUAUACAAAACAACAGUUUAACACAAUUCUGGGAAGAAUAGAUCAGAUAGAUACGCGAAUACGACCAUACUUGUUUGAUAUUGGUUAUAGCAAAUGGUCAAGAACUUACUCGAAUUGUAAGCGCACAUGGACCAUGACUUCAAACAUCGCGGAGUCAUUGAAUAAUGUUAACAGAUUAGCACGGAGAAAAGUGAUAUCUUCAACUGUUGAUCUGCAUGUUGUAGCUGAAGGAGCAAAGAAAUACAUAGUAAAUUUGAACACAAGGAUGUGUAGUUGUGGAAGAUUUCAACAUUAUGAGAUACCAUGUGAUCAUGCAGUUGCUAUUCUCCGGUACAGGAAGUUACAUGAAUCAGAUUUUUGUUCUGCUUUUUAUAGCCUCAAGAAUUUCAAAGAUGCUUAUGACAUUCCUGUCGAGCCUAUCCCGUGCGAGAGUACAUGGAAUAUACCAAGUUAUAUUUCAGAUCCUAAAUUGAUGCCGCCUGGUCCAAAAAGAGCAGCAGGAAGACCCAAACUUGAACGGUGGAAGGGAUUCACAGAUGUGAAAUUCAAGAAGAGAAAAAGCUCAUGCAGUAGAUGCCAUCAGGUUGGACACAAUAGGAAGACUUGUUCAAAUUAUCCUGUACAAAAACAAUGA